AUGCCCAAGUUCGCUGGAGCUCAUCCAGAGCUACCGCGCGCCUCGUGCCGAACCCGAUCGUGGCAUGGGAUGAUUGAAGCUGGGCCUGUGAUCGCCAUGAAUCUGGCAUUCGCGAAAGAAGCCUCACUUGAUUCACAGGCAGGGUAUCUGAACGAUCCAGAGGCAACUGCACUUACGAUCGACAAGGAGGGCUGGCUUCACACCGGAGAUGUUGGAUACAUCAAUGAGGUUUUCCUGGUGGAUCGUGUCAAGGAGAUCAUCAAAUAA